AUGGCCAUCACCGUGGGAAUUGCUGGAAUCACCGGCAAGUUCGCCCGUCUGGUUGUCAAAAACCUUUGCGCAUACCCUGACGUGAACAUCCGUGGGUUCUGCCGCAACCCGGCAAAGCUGCCCGAACAUUUACGUUCUUCACCCCGUGUUACCAUCCUGAAUGGGGAUGCAGAUAAUCUGGAUACCUUACGCGCAUUCGUCAAGGGGAGCGACGUGGUAAUUUGCUGCUACCUAGGUGACAAUACCUUCAUGACGGAAGGGCAAAAAUUGUUGGUGGACGCAUGUGAGCUCGAGAACGUGCCACGUUAUGUCGCCAGCGACUACUGUCUGGACUUCACCAAACUGGAGUACGGCCAGCACCCGGCCAAGGACCCCAUGAAGCAUGUCAAGGCUCACCUGGAGACUAAGAAGAACGUACAGGGGGUCCACGUGCUGAUUGGCGCAUUUAUGGAGACAUUCUGGAGCGGGUACUUCGGAGUGUGGAAUGCCAAGGACUUCAAAUUGUCCUACUAUGGAGAAGGUGACGAAGUUUGGGAGUCGACUACAUAUGGAACCGCCGCCGAAUACGUCGCGGCUGUAGCGAUGGAUCGAAAUGCGGUUGGCAUGCAGCACUUUUUGGGCGACAGGAGGACGAUCCAUCAGAUCGCGGAUGACUUUGCCGAGGUCUACGGGAAGAAGCCCAAGCUUGAGCGCCUAGGAUCGCUGCUUGAUCUUUACAACACCAUGCACGCAACAUUCCAGAAAGAUCCCAGUAACAUCUUUGCUUACCUUGCCAUGUUCUACCAGUACUACUGCACCAACGGACAGACAUACCUGAAGAAGGACUUGGAUAAUUCCAAGUAUCCUCAAGUCAAACCCGUCACCUUCAAGGGCUUCAUGCAGGAUCACAAGAUAGAGGACUUGGCCGACUCUUAUCAAAAUGCAGGAUCAGACGUCUAG